UCUCUCUCUCUCUCUCUCUCUCUCUCUCUCUCUCUCUCUCUCUCUCUCCGUCUCUCAUUCUUUUUGUGUAAAUAUCCGUAAAGCCGCAGGUGAAGCUGGAGGCCAGCGCGCAUCUCUCUCCUCAGUAUGAGCGCAGUUGCAGAGAGAGACAGCCUCCUCCAUGGAGUGACGAAUUAGCCCAAAUGUCCCGACACAUCUACACUCGACACGGGACAAACGACGGAGCCUCUAAAGCCGUCUUUCAGAUCAACAGAGGCACGUAUUCCCGCCGGAGCCGUCUCAAGAGGUCUGAUGGCAGCACUACUUCCACAAGCUUCAUCCUCCGUCAGGGUUCAGCUGAUUCCUACACGAGCAGGCCGUCUGACUCGGACGUGUCUCUGGAAGAAGAGCAGGGCGGCCGCCAGGAGAGAGAACAGCAAGCCAUGGUGCAGCUGGAGAGGGCUAAGGCCAAAGCAGUGGCAUUUGCUGUAAAGACCAAUGUAAGUUACUGUGGUGCUCUGGAUGAGGAUGUUCCUGUUGCUGGAACUGCCAUUUCUUUUGACACAAAAGACUUUCUCCACAUCAAAGAGAAAUACAACAAUGACUGGUGGAUUGGAAGACUGGUAAAGGAGGGGUGUGACAUUGGUUUUAUCCCCAGCCCUUUAAAACUGGAGAAUAUCCGUCUUCAGCAGGAGCAGAAGAGGGGACGCUUCCAUGGGAAGUCCAGUGGGAAUUCAUCUUCCAGCCUUGGCGAGAUGGUAUCAGCUAAACCGAAACAGAAAGUGGCUGAGCAUGUUCCUCCAUAUGAUGUUGUCCCCUCCAUGAGGCCAGUGGUUUUGGUUGGUCCUUCAUUAAAGGGAUAUGAGGUGACAGAUAUGAUGCAAAAAGCACUUUUUGACUUCCUGAAACACAGGUUUGAUGGAAGGAUAUCUAUUACAAGAGUUACAGCAGACAUCUCACUAGCAAAGAGAUCUGUGCUCAACAACCCAAGCAAGAGAGCCAUUAUUGAAAGAUCCAACACCAGGUCAAAUUUAGCGGAAGUCCAGAGUGAGAUUGAGAGGAUCUUUGAGCUGGCUAGAUCUCUGCAGCUGGUUGUUCUGGAUGCUGAUACAAUCAACCACCCAGCCCAGCUCAUUAAGACCUCAUUAGCACCCAUUAUUGUGCAUGUUAAAGUGUCUUCUCCCAAGGUCUUGCAGCGGUUGAUCAAAUCACGUGGGAAAUCACAGAGCAAGCAUCUCAAUGUACAGUUGGUGGCUGCAGACAAAUUAGCUCAGUGUCCUCCAGAAAUGUUUGACAUUAUUUUGGAUGAAAACCAGCUAGAGGAUGCAUGUGAACACCUGGCUGAGUACCUAGAAGCCUACUGGCGGGCAACACAUACAUCACUGAGCACUCCACUCAACCCUCUGCUCGGACGCAACCUGGGCUCCACUGCUCUUACACCCUACCCCACAGCCAUAUCCACUCUGCAGAGCCAAAGAAACAGAAACAGGAAUCAUUCCAGCGAUCUUUCUCCAGUUGAGAAGCGCAGUCUGAUGACUUCAACUGAAAACUACCACAACACUGAACGUCAACAAAAGAGCCGGGAGCAAUGGCCACUGGUGGAGGAGGACUACACCGACCCAUACCAGGACACGUACAAACCACACCGGAGCCGUGGCUCUCCAGGGGGAUACAGCAACGACUCACACCACAGAACCUAA